GUCAGCUGUAAACCCAGGUAGACAAAGCAUAAAGCAGCUCAAGACCGUGAUCCUGUAGGCGCGAAGUCCGAGCGGCCCGCGCCACCUACCGCCACCUACCGGCCGUCUCCGGCCAUACACGAGGCUGCCACGUGAAAUGUCCUCGUGACGUCAUCACCAAUUUCUAGGGAGGUCAUGGUGAGGUCUCGAGGCGAAGACACGGCGGCUCACGAAGAGGAUCCGCUGGGUGCUGAGGACUGGCCCGACGAGGCACGCCAGCCCGACCGGAAGAGGCCCAGGCCGGACUCCAGAUCUUCCAGCAACCUGGCCAACGAUAUCUCGGAUGGCGCUCGCUCUGAUUCGUCCUCGUCCCAGGGGGGCGGGGCGACGAGCGAUUCGCCUCCGCCUCCACCCACAGACGGCGCCACCCGACGAAGGCCGCCACCAAGUGCCGCUGGCGCUGCCCCUACCGGCGGCAGGCGGCGGCGCAGCGCCCUUUCGGCCAGAGAACGCAACUUGCGACGCCUUGAGAGCAACGAGCGAGAGCGCAUGCGCAUGCAUUCGCUCAACGACGCCUUCCAGGCAUUGCGUGAGGUCAUACCUCACGUGGCCAUGGAGCGCAAGCUGUCUAAAAUCGAGACGCUGACGCUGGCCAAGAACUACAUUAUGGCGCUCACUAACGUCAUCUGUGACAUUCGGGGUGACCCAAAGCCGUACCAGUUCUGCCCGGCCGAGUUACCGCUGCACGACGACGAGGAAGACGACAUCGACGAAGACGACCUCAAGGAGGACGACCUCUCUGUGAGCGAUGGUGGCGCCCCCUGAGCGCCCUCUCCGCAACGCCGCCAUGCCGCGGCAGCCAACCACCACCAGUCAUCGCAAACCAAGCCGCCAUCACCGCCUCAAAGCCAAAAGUAAAGCCAAGACAAGCCACCACGAGACACGCUUUUCGAAUGAGGGUGCCACGUGACGUCAAGUGGGUUGGACUAUGGCGCGAAGGUGGCCAUUUCAGAGAGCGUCACUUCUGGAUAUUGUUAUUGUAGUAGGCAAAUCUCGCUAUGCAUCGUUCACCGCUGCUGUGCCGCCCUCUGUCGGGGAUGUGCUUAAAACGUGGUGCGCCAUAUUGUUUGGGUGGCAACCCGUCUGGUUUCCUUGGCGGCAAAACUCUGGAAACACCCCCGGUCCGUUAUCUAUUGUUGUGCUUUUGUCUUUUCUGCAUCUCCGUGAGUUUUGCAGACGACAAGUUCACGUGUUUGAGCACACUAAUGGAAAUACGUGUGCAAACGUUGGAAAAGUCGCGAUUGCGAAACUGCGAUCGCGGAAUCGCAGGCUCAAUCGCCAUGCGCCGCGGUGAUGUCAAUGACGUUCCCGCAGGCUCGCGAUGGGUUAUAUUAAGAGAAGCGUCACUAAGACUCGGGACUUUUGGAGAUGUAUCUGUCUAUACCCUCGUUAUGAAAUGACAUUGCAGUUUUCUUUCUUCGCCAUGGACGUGAAAAAAGAUGGCCGGGAAAGCUUCAUGACUAAGGGGUGUCCCGGAUGAAGUGUCUUGAAUUUUGCGUUUCUCCAGUCAACGCCGUUGACAUUGAUUGAUAUAUGGGGUUUAACGUCGCAGACCGUUGACAAAGCCGUUGAUAAAAAAUCUUUGAGACUAGUGUCUAGGGGCUCACCAGUGCAUUUCUUCCCUACGCAGCAGCGGUGUUUCAUAACGUGGUCUCAAAUGCAACACUCAACAUU